AUGGGAUGGACGAGAGGAUGGGGGAGGGUGAAGGAGGGUGGAAGCGAGUCUGCGAUUCUGAGCAGCUUUAAGUGUGACGCUGGUGACGCCGCACGUCUCGACGGCGACGUGGCGACGUGCCGUGGGGACGAGCACAGGAGGGCGGAUGCAAAAUCAAGAGCUUACCUUGUGAUAGUUGUGAAAGAAGAAGGGGUAGUGGGUGUUGCAGGGCUCUGGACGCUCCGAUGGCGCUUUAAGCUUGGUCGAAUAUGGAUUUGUGGAGACGGUACUGCAGAUGACGCCUCAAGCGAUGAAUCCGGUAGGCCUGAUGUUCUGAGAUGGGGACUGCUGGAGUUACUGCUGGAGCUGCUACUUGUACCCUCGCCCGUGUCUUCUGGACUUCCGAGUGCAGUGUCUGCACUUUCUUCACUGAUUGUCCAGAUCGACAGGGCCGCCCUUUUCACCCGGCUAUUCCCUACCGUGAACCGGUUUGCAAGCUGUGAUGACGGCCCCGGCUCGCCAAAGAACAUCCCCAUAUCCUGCGCACGCUCGCUCAGUUCACGGCUGUAUCUAGACGAACGUGUGUGCACGGCUUCCAGCAGGCCUAUCGAAAAGGAAAAGGAGCGAGGCGCAAAAUUGCAUGGCGUGAACCGACAUCCGUGGACUCUCACUCAGCUGUUGCUUUUGACCGUCUCUGCAUGUGUGCCUCCCGUUCCUGGUGGUGGCUACGUAACGCGCUCAGACCUCGUUCCGCAUUGUUGCCUCGUUCUAGAUCUUCUGAUCCCUCCUGCGGGAGUGCAAUCGUCCACUCCCGCGUCCUCCGGUAUUUCAAUUGCCUCGAAGGUUUACUACUGUUAUUCAGAGUUCUUUAGACUUUUAUUGCGUGCAUAUUGUCAAGUCAUCAUUGCUGCAACGAAUCCCUUCUUUACCCGUCACUCUGUUCGCGGCUACACGCACGGAAAUGGCGCCAUGUCGGAUGUCCGCAGUCGGACCGUACAUGAACCAAAAAUGACAGAAGUCCGAGCAAAAUUGCGGAAAUAUCCCUGCAAGGCCGUCUGUAGAGAAAAUCCACAGGUUCAAACCGAAUUUGGUUCAGAAUUGCGUGUUACGGAAUCACUGUUCCCACAACCAAUCCGCACGGUUUUAGAGCUGCAAUCGAGAGCUCCUAGAAUAUGGAUAUCUCCGACCGCAACCCCUGCCAUUGAGCGAAAAGAGUACAAGGCCGAGUCUUUCGAUCUUCUUGCUCGCACUGCUCUCGGUGCCUCUGCCGCAGUUUUCUUCCGCUUUUGA